AUGUAUGAAGGCUCGGAGCUGGACUGCGCGCGUUUUUCGUCCGAAGUAUGCGCGGUGCAGGACCCGAUCUGCGUCGAGCCCGAAGAAGCGAAAACCGAUCCGCAACUCUUACGGGUCGGCUCGGUGUGCUGUUUUGUGGGCAUCAGCAGCCUUCUCUUCGAAGUCCUACCAGUAUCCUUCCGCUUAUGGAGUACCUACAGUAACGUUGUCGAUUAUUUUGGUCAAUUCAGCGGUGUCGUGUAUUGGGUCGGUUCCCUGUCAGGUCUGUUUGGCAUUGCAACCUCUCUCAUCAACAAUAUUGCCAUCAUCUUAAUCAGCCGGUCGGCCUGGCGGACUUUGAAGCGGCGGCUUUUGCGCACUGAGCCCAGCCUCCACUCCUCCAGCUGGUCUGUGCGACAGUCUACGAUAGCGGCCAACCGACAAGCGCAUAUCGACCAAGCAAUUCCAUUGAAC